UCUCACGUGUCUAACAGUGUGUAAUGUGCAUUGGCUGAGCAUAGAGGUUCACCUUGUUCACCUUCCGGUGUUAUUGUUUUUCAGUGGUCUCCACGUGUUUAAAAUUUAUCUCAAGUUAUACAACAAUUUGUAAUAAAUAAUAAUAUAUUUAUUUAUAAAAAUGACAAAAAAUAUAUUAAAAAGAAAUAUCGAGAGUAUCGAGACAUCAGUUGAAUUACCAGCAAAACGAUCAUCUGAUGAACCUCCAGCAAAAAAGGUAAAAUGGAUAAAUCGACAACGAGUAUUAAUGCUCACAUCACGUGGAAUAAAUAAUCGUGAUCGUAUUUUAAUGGAAAACUUAAAAAAGCUGUUGCCUCAUCAUCGUGCUGAAGCCAAGAUGGAAAGACAAAAAAAUCUUCAAGUUAUCAAUGAAAUAUGUGAAUCUAAAAAUUGUAACAAAGCAAUAUUAUUUGAAGUUAAAGACUUUUUGGCACCGCUGUUUCAAAUGCUUAACCAUCAUCAGAAAAUUUAUUGUUGA